GUCCAAUUAGAAGUAACCCCAGAUAAGCUAAACAUGGGCGUUAAUCUACUCCAAAAACUGUUCUUCUUGCUGCCUCUCGCCUAUCAAAGUCCAUCAAAUGAUGGUACCUCUCAAAACCCAGAUUGGAAUUUCGAUCAAAACGGCGCUGACUGGCAAGGAAUUUGCGCCACCGGCUUUCGUCAAACGCCUAUCAAGCUCUCUGUCGAUACUUCACUCAUUGUGCCGCUGCCACGAAUAUAUUUUGGCAACUAUGACGUUCGACUGAAUAGACCGCUGACAUUGGUCAACAAAGGAUACACAGCUGAUAUGACGAUACCAGAGACUCGAAAUGGCCAGAAGCCUUUCAUCACAGGAGGUCUGCUCAAGGGGCAAUAUGUAGCCGAGGGGGUGCAUUUCCAUUGGGGCUCGCCUGUGACCCGUGGAUCUGAGCACGUGAUCGACCGAAGGCGAUUCGAUGUCGAAAUGCACAUUGUGCAUCGCAACACGCGCUACGAAGACCUUACGGAAGCCCUCAAUCAUAUCGACGGCGUUGCUGUGCUGGGCGUCAUGUUCAAGAUAGUCAGAAACCCGGAUCGCGCGUAUCCAGGUCUGAGAAAGAUCUUCAAUGCUGUUCCAGACAUAGUCGAAUAUGGAGCUGAGGUGGAUCUGCCUGGCUCCCUGACCCUUGGCCAGUUGCUGGGUGACUUGAAUACGCGUGACUUUUUCACCUACAAGGGGUCAUUGACCACACCUGAGUGUAACGAGGCUGUCACUUGGACAGUGUUUGCUGAUCCUCUGCCCAUAUCCCUGGCAGAUAUAUCCAAAUUGUGGAUACUCCAGGACUCGAAUGGAAACCUAAUACGCAAUAACUAUCGUGAGCUUCAACCACGCAACAAUCGUCCCGUUUUCUAUCGCACAAAUAAGGACCUCAGUAACUUUUACCUUGGAUAA